GGGAUCCGACCAGAAGACUGAGGAAAACGCAGGGGACAUAACGGUGUCAAAAAGUUCAUCCCUUCUUCUGUUUUUGUCUCCUCACAUGAAAGCCGUGAAAAAAGGACGCGUGUUGUGCUUUGUGUUUUGUUCCUUCCCAGACUGAGAGGACUUACACCAUCAGAGGCGAUGAGAUGUGAGUGAGCUAUGCCUUGUGGAAAUGGACAGACUUUAUCCAAGCGAAAACAUGGCGUCUGCGUCCCGAGGUUUAGUUUAUUUUCCAGUCUGCUUGUGGCGCUCUGCUGCCUGGAGGCAUGGGGCUCCGGGCCGCAGGGGGACGGCGGCAGGAGCUGCAGCCCCUGUCCCGUUAACUGCAGCUGUGCGCUGGCGGGGCCCCAGCAGUCCUGCGUCGUCAACUGCUCCAACAUUGGGCUGGAGAGGGCCCCAGCGGCGGCAGACAUCCCGCUGGCCACCAGCGUGCUAGAUUUUUCCAAGAACCACAUCUCCUCCCUUGAUACUAGCCUGUUAGAUCGUCUCACCGGCCUCCGAGAGCUGUAUCUUCAAGGGAAUAGGAUCAAUGUUCUCCCCAGAGGGGUAUUCUGCUGUGGGCCACUCUCAGUCCUCGAUUUGAGCAACAACCAAAUCACCACCAUAGAAGAGAGAAUAUGCGACAACCUAUGCAAUUUAACUCAAAUUGACCUGAGCAGUAACCCCUUUAAGUGCGACUGUAAGCUGUUCCGGCUGGUAACCUGGCUUCAGGAGAAAGGGGUGCGGGUCCGGCAUCCGGACGCCAUGCUCUGCAACCUCCCUUCUGAUCUCCACCACCAACCCCUGCUCAAUGGCAGCCGGCUCACCUGUGGUCUGAACUAUGCAGGUUGUCUUGAGGACAGCAGCAGUGGAGGAGGGGGACGGAGUGAACUUGUUAUCUUCUCUUCAUCCACACCUGGAAACUUCACACGUGAACAGUGUAACAGUGUUUGUUUUGCUGCAACACAGCGCUACGGGGGCUUAGGGGCAAGGCAUGAGUGUCUCUGCAGCACAAACUCUGAGCCCAACUUCAUCAGUGAAUCUCAGUGUUCUGCUGCCUGUACAAACCCCCAUGUUAUGAAGGAAUGUGGGUGGACUCUGGCUCAUGAUGUGUUUGCGGUGGACUUCUCAAUCUCACUGAAGCCUCUCCCACUGCAAAGUGUUCAUGACUACAUCAGUUUGGCGGCAACCUCCUCUGUUACUCCAGUGACACUGUCCUGGGACUUUGGUGACCUUUCAUCCCGGGUCAACGCUACAGGGACAGGGGUGACCACAGUAACUCACAAAUACGGACUUCCGGGACAUUAUGCAGUCAGUGUGAUGGCCUGGGCUGGACACAAGGAGGUCUCUACACGCGGAGAAGUGAUCGUGACAGUUCCUUCCAAACUGGAGCUGCGUUGUCCACCUCUCGCCGUGGCCAAUAAGAGCCUAGAGUUCACACUUGUCAGCUGGGGCGCUGUUGGCAUGGAUGUAGACUGGAAGAUCACAAAGGAUGGUGUCCAAGUUGCCAAAGCCUCCGCUCACUGUCCAAAAGAUGGGGUGUACCACGCAGAGUCCUCAUGCUGUUUCCAGAUAGUUCCGGGGGAGUUUAGCUGGACAAGUGCUCGACAACAGUGUUUAGAGCGCGGCGGGGAUCUGGCAAUAGUCAGGAGUGAUGCGCUGCGUAACCUGCUGGCCCACAGAGUCACACAGGAACGAGGUGUGUGGCUGGGCUUGAGCGAUGUCAACUCUCUUGGGAAGCUGCGUUGGGUGAAUGGCUCAGAGGCACAGGAGGGAGAGGAGGGCUUGCCACAUCGUUCCCCGAUCUCCCGUGGAAACCUGUGCGUGUCCCUCGAUCAGCGCAGUCAGACCAGUUCACACCUGUGCAGUUCCAAGCGUGCCUUUGUCUGCCAGUACAGGCCUCAAGUGCGUGUUCCAGAUGCAGGGAUCUACAUGGUGGGACUGGCUGUGUUUACCUCCCAUAAUCCUUUGCACCAUGCCCCAGCCGCUCCGCUCUCUGCUCCACAACCUCCCAGGAGUGGCAUAGAGGUGCUGUUGUUCCCAGCCCUGAGCUUCGUUCAGGCAGGUCGUCUGUCCUCCCUUGAGUUUGUCACGCAGGAACUCAGCUCACAAAUCCACGUCCGAUUCCAGACCUACAGGCCUCAUUGUCAUUAUCCCGGCCUGCACCUGCUGCUACCCGGUUGUGGAGGUCCAGUGUGCGCUCCAGUGGCUGUUUGUGUCCCGAAUGACACUAGGACUGGUGAUCCACCCUCUUGCCCCCAACUACAGCAGUGGUGUCCCUUCCAGCACCAGUGUCUGGCCCUAUCUAGUCCCUGCCAGCCAUCCUCCUGUCCUAACUGCACCCAGGCUCACCGCCUGCCCCCUUGGGUGCAGAAGCCCCGUUACACCCUACAAAAUGAGGUGGUCUUCACUCUACCAGCGGGACCAGCUGCUCAUGUAGUGGUACAAGAGCAACUGGAGGACCUCCUGGUUUCCCGUGGUGAUGUCAUUGCCCUGCAGCACGACGCCGGGCCCGCCUCCCUGCUCCGCUGCCAGUCCUCCUCACACUCACAGUGGCGACAACCUGUUUUAGCCCUCAACCAGUCAGAGUGGUUCUGGAUCAACAACACCAGACAGUCAACAGACAGCUUGGUUGACCCAGAGCUUGACGUGGACAUGCUGGUGGAGGAUGGAGAGGGAGUGUGGCUGGAGGAAGUAGUCUGCCCGGUCAGAGUGCUCUAUGUGGGACACAAUGAGACCCAGCUGCAGGGAGCACAGCUGUCUGCUGGUUUACCCGAGCCUGGACUCUACAGCCUGCUGGUGACUUCUGCUGAGCCGUCAUACCCAGCCUCAGCAUCGUGCCCACUGCGGGUGGUGCCACCUCUGGGCUUGACAAUCCUCCACCCCCUUCCCAAGAAUGGCACCCUCUACCUUCAGCCCAAUGACACCCGCCUGCUGCUCCGUGUCCAGUCUCGCUACAUAACAAAGGCGUCUCGGCGGGGCAGUAAUCACAUCGUGACCUUCCAGCCAGAAUGUCCAUCCGAGUUUCCGUCCAGCCCAGCACUCUGUCAGCCCGAGUCCAGCUCAGGGUCUGGGGUCAAGGUGGCCGAGCCCAGCCAAUAUGCAGUGCUGGAUCUGAACCUGGGAGUGGAGGAGCAGAGGGGUCCAGUGCAGGUGGAGCUGGAGGCCCACAACAAUGUGACAGAGGCCAGCCUGAUUACGGUCGUCCAGCUGGAAGAGCCUCUGAGAGGACUGGUGGUGCAGCCACACCCUGCACACAGGGUGCUGAUGGAGUCAGUCGUGAGCUACACAGCAUCAGUACUUGAAGGCUCCAGUCCCACAUUUAAAUGGACAGUGGAUGACAAGCCCUACUUCACCUAUUACAACACUGUUCUCAAUGUCAUCUACCAGCACGCUGCCGUCUACAAGCUCACAGUGACGGCCAUGAACCAUGUCAGCACCCUCACGGAGCAUUUCAACGUGACGGUGGACCGCCUGCAGCCCAUGGCCAACCUCACAGUGAAGGGUGUGCCAGAUGUGGUCCCUCAGGGCUCCACUCAGACCCUCACCACUUCUGUGCUCGUGGACAUGUCUGUGGCCGCCACCUUCCGAUGGUCUUUUGGUGACGGGGGAUAUAAGGAGUUUGACUACAAGCCCCCCUACCCCCCUGCCCUCCUCUGCCCAGACUCCCCCAAUCAGGUCCUCUUAAGCAACAAUGUCACCUAUAUCUACUCUCAGCCAGGAAUAUACACUGCGCUGGUGUCAGUUUCCAAUCGUUACAACAACAUCAGUCAGAGCAUCAACAUGAGCGUCUACAGCAUCCUCACACGUGUCGAUAUACAAACAGAGCCACGACUCCUCCUCGCUGGCAAAUCAGCUGAUUUUGAGGCUCACCCUCUGCCCUCCCCCUAUGGAAUUCACUAUGACUGGCACUUUGGAGAUGGUUCGGCCCCCCUGCAGGGUCGCCGUGUGGCGCACACUUAUGCGCAGAGUGGCGUCUUUAAUGCCUGUGUAUUGGUAAACAACACCAUCAGUUCUACGGAGGCUUGUGCUGAGAUGUUUGUAUAUGAGGAGAUUAAAGAUCUAACAGCUGAAAGCUCCUCUCCCACGGAGCUUCACAGUCCUACUGCAGUGUGGGCACGCCUUGCUUCGGGUAAUAAUGUCACAUGGACCUUCUCCAUGGGUGAUGGGACUAACUACUCUAAAUCUGAAGCUCUCGUGUCACACAACUACAUCAAAGAUGGCAACUACACAGUGAACAUUACUGCCACGAACGCUGUGAGCUUUGUUUGGACAGUCCUACCAGUGCAGGUGUUUGUCUUCCAAGUUAUAAGGAUGGAGCCCUCUGGUUGUAUACAAGAGCAGACCCCUGUCAACUUUCAAGUCUGGGUUUCUGGUAACGAAUCAGCUCACCUUUAUGAAUGGUGCUUUGGGGACGGAAGCCCCAAUGAGACACAUCACGGCAACCCCAGAGUCUCCCACACCUACUGGACAAGUGGGAACUACCACCUUUCCCUGCUUCUUUCCAGUGGGGUCAACAAGGCCACUAAGGCCAACUUCUUUAAUUGGGUGUGUGUGCAGCCAGCUUUGACCAACAUCAGCCUUACCCUUGAGAAAUCACACUACGCAGUUGGAGAAGAGAUCCAGUUCAAGGUCCGAGCCGAGCCAGAAUUUAACUACAGUUAUCAGUGGGACUUUGGUAGAAAGGAAGACCUUGUUCCCGUUCGUGGUUCUGGGAAUAUUAUGACAAAGUAUAAAAACCCAGGUCAUUACAUGGUGACAGUCACUGUCUUCAAUAACAUCUCCUCCAGUAAUGCCAGUGUUGUGAUUGAGGUUCUGAUGCCCAUAGGACCAAUUGUUAUUAAACAUAACAGCACUAAGUACAACAACCUUACACUUAAUGCGCCAUACACUUUCACAACUUUUUCCCUGGCCUCCAAUGUCACUUACACCUGGAACUUUGGAGAUGGAAAUGUGCUUAUAGGCCAGAACACUCACCACACCUACAAUGUCUCCGGAAACUACAACAUCACACUGACAGCAGCCAACACAGUGAGCAGCAAUCACACUACUUUACCCGUUGCUGUGCUCGCACCAAUCCGUGGGUUGACCGUCAACGCCAGCUUGGUAAAUGUCCCUCUCAAUGCCUCGGUUCACUUUGAGGCCCAAAUGGAGGAAGGAGAUGGUGUCCGGUUCAGUUGGAUCUUGUGUGACCGCUGCACCUCAAUACCAGGGACUCACACCAUAUUUUACACCUUCCGCUCUGUUGGCACUUUCAACAUCAUUGUGACUGCGGAGAAUGACGUAGGAAUGGCACAAGCGAGUAUCUUCCUGUUUGUCCAACGUGAGCUGGAGGGACUGCAGAUUUUAGCAGAGAAGGAGAUCGGAGGAGGUGGAGGCACAGACGUGGACGGCUGCUGCUUUGCUACAAACCGCGUCCUCCACCUUCAAGCAGGAUUAAAGGAAGGAACCAACAUGACUUUUACUUGGAACCUCAUCAGAGAGCAAGACCCACUCAGCUCAAGCUUCAACAUAAGCGGGAAGAGUGUGGAGGUGAAUUUCUCUACGCCAGGUCCAUGUGAAAUUUUUCUCCGAGCCACCAACCUCCUGGGCCAGCUGUCUGUCAACAGAACCAUCCACUUCCUGGAACCAGCCAGAGGGGUGCACCUGCAGAUCAGCAACAAUCCAGUUGCAGUGAAUGCUUCAACUAACCUGACAGUCUUUACUAUGGCGGGCUCAGACCUGCAGUACCUCUGGUCUGUGAAUGGCGAUGCUCUGCAGUGGAAUGAGCCCUGGAAGACCCACACCUUCUUCAGUCCCGGCCAGAAACAAGUUACAGUGGAGGUCUUCAAUAAAGUUAGCUCAGAGGUUGUGACAGAAAUUGUCAGUGUCCAGGAAGUCAUUACUGGGUUAAGGUUCACAGCUACCAAUGUUACGGAGCAGAAUUACGUAGCAACAGGUGUCAACGUUUCGCUCCGGGGAGAGGUACUGACAGGAACCGAUGUGACAUGGAUGUGGCUGUUAGAUGGAAGAACAGAGACAGGAAGGAAAACGUCUCUGAUUUUCCCGGAGCCAAAGACAGCUGUUGUUACUCUGAAUGCCACCAACAAUAUCAGUGGAAAAGCGGUUUCCAGGGAGUUCUUUGUUCAGGAUAAAAUUCAGGGGUUGGAGCUGAAGGCAAGUACAAAGAUUGCAGGAGUCGGUGAGAAGGUGGAGUUCAGCAUUUCCAUGGCAGCCGGCUCCGACGUUCGUCUGAUCCUCAGCAUCAGUGGAGAUGCUACUGUUAUACCCCAACCCAACCAAACCUAUGUCCACGUAUUCAGUAGGGUGGAUACCUACAUGGUGAAUCUCACUGCUCACAACCAGGUGAGUUCCAAGAGGCGGCACAUCCAGGUCGAGGUGAUGGAGCCGGUGCGUGGACUUUCCAUCUUGGGAAGCUGCGCAGCAAUCCCUGUGGGUGAGAAGAGAUUGUUUGAGGCCAACAUCCUGACGGGCAAACCUGUUAGUUUCCUGUGGACUUUUGAUCUGCACCACCUCCACUGGGCAUCACAUUUAAGCAAAGAGCCCCAGGUGUCCUACACGCCAGAAGAGGCCGGUUUAUUGACCAUCUACCUGAAGGCCUUCAACGCCCUGCAUUCUCAGAACAUCACCAAGCACAUUCUAGUGCAGAACCUGCUGGCGGCUGCCGUCCUGUAUGCAACUCCUCAGGACACUUUCACCAAUAAGACGAUAACCUUGAUGGCCUCUGUCACACCCAGGUCUAAUCCUGUGGAGUGUUUGUGGGACUUUGGUGAUGGUUCUACUCCUGUUCACACCAACACCACAACUGUGGGUUAUGAGUACAGGCACCCAGGACACUACAUGGUUCAAGCAAACUGCAGUAAUCUGGUGAGCUGGGUGUUGGCCCAGGUGGAGGUGAACAUCAGUGUAUUAGAGUGUGAGGAACCAGAAGUGCAGGUGGUUCAAGCCCCCCGCCUGGCCAUCUGGCGCUCGCAGCCCACAUUGGUGGAGGCCAGUGUGGAUCUGAAAGGCUGCGCACGCUAUGGAGCUCAGUACCUCUGGCAGAUACUCUCAACACCCACCUGUGAUAAUGACAAAGAUGACCGGAUUCCCUCUGGAGCAGUGACUCAGCCCUCUCAGUCUUUGCCUGUCCCAGUAAUUCGUCUAUCAAUGGAGGUGGAUGUGCGGCGACUGCAGCUGUCGUUGCCUAAGAUGGCUCUGGCAACAGGAAACUAUACCUUGGUGUUUUCUCUGUCAUAUGAAGGCGUGCCGCUAAGGAAGGCUGCCUGUCUGCAGCUGAGUGUCAUGGCUGCCAGGCUGAUGCCCAUCAUAGAGGGGGGUACCUACAGAGUGUGGUCAAGGACGCAGGACCUGCAGCUCAGUGCAGAGCAGUCCUACGACCCCAACUUGGACCCAGACAGCCAGUCACUGCUCCAUUACCACUGGGAGUGUCAAAGCACAUCGAAGGGUCCAGAGCACUGCUCCAGUCUGAACUUCGGCCUGGGCUCCAGCGGCCCGGUGCUGGGAAUCUCUGGCUCGGAGCUUGAGGCUGGUGUUGAAUACACUUUCAAACUUACCAUCAGCAAAGACGGCAUGGCACCUGAAUCCACCACACAGACUGUACUUGUCCAGAGUGGUCACAUCCCCAUGGUGUAUCUGGAGUGUGUGUCCUGUAAGGCCCAGUCCAUCUACGAGGUCAGCCAGAACUCGUACGUCUAUCUCCGAGGAACCUGCACCAACUGCCAGGACUUUCAUCGUGGGCGCUGGAGUGCCAUAACGCUGCAGAAUGAGACUCUGGUCCUGGACUCGUCCUCCACCACCACAGGAAGUGAUGGCAUGAAUCUGGUGCUGCGUCAGGGUGUCCUGCGCCACGGAGACUCCUACAUCUUCACCCUGCACGUGACUGACCGCAGUCUGGACGGUGAGGGCGCCGCCUCCAUCACUCUUCAUCACAACAUGCCGCCAGCUGGUGGGGAGUGUCACCUGAGAGGAGGAGGGGAAGCGGGAGUGGAGUACGGGGACGGAGAUGGUGAAGGCUGGAGGAUACGCACACUGCUGGACCGGGUACACUUCAACUGCUCAGGUUACAGUGAUCUGGGGGUUUCAGAGACGCCCUUGCUCUACAGUCUCCUGGUGACACGCUGCAGAGAAGACUACUGCGAGGACUUUUGUGUUUACAAAGGCAGCAGUCCCGAGCACUCAGCCUUCCUGCCUCCAGGCUUCAGCUCAGCCCGACACCGCGUAGCUGUGUCCAUCACAGUGGAGGACCAUCAGGGAGCUGCCAUCACUGCACUCAACAAGUCCAUUGAAGUUGUGCUGCCAGAUCCACCUCCUGAGUACAGCAGCCUUCCCCACUGGCUGUCAGAGCUGACAGACAGCAAACUCAAGAAGCUGCUGGAGCAGGGAGACUCCCAGAGGGUCAGAGAGUUAUCACUGGCUCUUAUUACAGUCCUAAAUGAGUAUGAACAGACCAGGGAGUCAGCACGGGUGUCCCGAGAUGAGCGCAGCUACCGAGUCAGAGUCCGCAGCAACAUUACCAGAGCUCUGACGGCACUGGACCUGACCACUGUUAAUGACAUCCAGCAGACCUCUGCUGCUCUGGCACAGUGCACGGCGGUGAGUCGGGAGUUCAUCUGCGAGGAGUGUCAGAACAGCACUCUGAACAAGCUGGAGUCCAUGUUGGAGAUUUUGCAGACUGACACCAAGCAGGGCACCGUCACUCCAACUGAGAUAGCUGACAACAUCCUGAACAUCAUGGGUGAUCUGAUCCAUCAGGUCAGCCAGUCAGCCUCCCAGUCUUACCUCCAGGCGGCCUAUGUGGAUUCCCCCUCGCACCCCUACACCUCCCCUUUUUCCUCCUCUGGUGAGGAGCAAGCAGGCAAUGCAUUAGACCCGUCACCCUCCUCACCAGAGCCACACCCUCUGCGAGUGGCAGCGAAGGCUUACAGCCUGUCCUCAGUCCUCAUGCUGAUCCUCAUGCACGCCCGGGUGCUCAAUGAGGAGCCGCUGGUGCUGAGGGGAGCUGAGAUCGCUGCCACAGGAAAACUGGCAGACCCCCAGAGCCUGCUCUGCUACCAUGGCAACAACAGUCCAGAGUGCCAGCGGUUCUCCAUCCCACGAGCUUUCAAAAACAGUCUUGGCAGAGCUGCUGCAGGAAACAGUAUCAUGCAGCUACUGUUUCAGGUGGAGCCCAACCCCUUCCCCUUCAACUAUGUGACUAACUACGCUGUCUCUACCGAGGUGGCGUCAAUGGAGUUUCGCACUGAAAAUGGCACCCAGAUCCCAAUUUCAGGACUGGAUGACAGCGUAGCCAUCACCGUAUCUGUUAACAACGGUACUGGUGGGGAAGUGGGCGCUGAGGGUUCCGGUAACGGAGGACUGCCCACAGCCAGAGCGGUUAACAUCAGCCACUGUGACUCUGUCAUCGUCAGGGUCAGCACAGGAAACACCAACAGACAGGCAGGGCUGUUUGUUCAGCUCAACUUCACCUCUCUGGAGGAUGGAGCGAAGGAUAAAAGAGAAGAGGGUGAAGAGCAGCCAUACAUCAUGGCUUACCUUCACUCCCAUGAAAGACCAAACGAGUUCAGCUGCACAGACAGAAAACGUAUCACACUUAGUAUGACCACAGGGCAAGAUUUAGAUCACAGGAAGUACACCUUCUUCCUGUCUCCAGAGUUCUAUGACACCACACUGGACUACUUCAUCAACGUGAGUACGCCCUGCAGCCCCGACUCUCAGCCCGCGGGUGUUCAUCUGGAGGUCGGGGUGUUUGCCUCCCUGUGUCAGUACUUCAGUGAGAGCGAGAAGCAGUGGCGGACAGAUGGCAUGGUGCCCCUGGCAGAGACCAGCGCCAGCAGGGCUUUUUGCCGCACCAGGCACCUCACAGCCUUUGCUGCAAGCCUGUUUGUACCCUCCAACGCCAUCAGCUUUAAAGUGCCAGAGCGUUCUGGUCCACCAAGCCUAGUUGUGCUACUGGUGUGUGUGUUGGGCUUACUAAGCUAUGUUGUGGCAGCAGCUAUCUUGCACAAGUUGGACCAGCUGGAUCUACGCCGGGCUGGUGUGGUUCCGCUCUGCGGCCGAGACGGGCUCUUCAAGUACGAGAUUCAGGUCAAGACCGGCUGGAGUCGAGGGGCAGGCACUACAGCCCAUGUGGGGAUCAGUUUGUACGGGCGUGAGAGCCUCAGUGGACACCGUCAUCUCGACAGCAGAGGAGCCUUCUCACGCAACGCUCUUGACAUCUUUCACAUUGCCACGGAUACCAGCCUGGGAAACGUCUGGAAAAUACGAAUUUGCCAUGACAACAAGGGUCUGUCUCCAGCGUGGAUGCUACAGUAUGUCUUGGUGAAAGACCUGCAGACAGGAAGCAGCUACUACUUCCUGGUUGAAGAGUGGCUGUCAGUCGACAAUGAGAGAACUGAUGGACGGGUAGAGAUUGAGGUGGAGGCAUCUGAGGAGGCUGUGCUUCGUCAGCUGCCCCGCCUCGCACGGUGUGAGCUGCAGAGGGCGCUGUGCGAGAGCCACUUGUGGCUGUCGCUGUGGGAGAGGCCCCCCCGCAGCCCCUUCACCCGCCUGCAGAGAGCCACUUGCUGUGCUGUGUUACUGCAGCUCUUCCUAUUGGCCAACACACUGUGGUACAGCAUCGUGGUGGACAAGAGAUACAGCCCGCAGGCUGUUUCAAGGCUUUCUUCAUUAAAUGGAGAGACUGUGGCAGCCGGGGUGGUGACCUGUCUGAUCGUCUAUCCUCUCUACCUGCUGGUCUUCACGCUCUUCAGAAUGAGCCGCAGCAAGUGUGCGUCUGUGGAGCAAGUACCGCCACAAGUGGACCAGGAGUCUGUGGAGAUCGAUGACUUCCUGGACAACUCCAUGGCUGGAAGUUCCUUCCUCUUUUUUAAUGGCGAGACAAACUCAGAAGAAACCAAUGUGGAUUUGCCCACUCCAUCAACCAAAAGUGUGGAGAGCUGGGGCAUGGCAGAGGAGGAGACGGAGGACAGGGAUUGGCCUGAGCUGUUGAGUGACGUGUCCGUGGUGGGAGGGGUGGGGCACGGAGCAGGAGUGCCCAGGCUGAAGAGGGGUCAGGGGAGUAGGCACCUGGGUGUCGACAUGACCUUUAACCCUGACGAUGAGGAGGGGGCUGACCAGCGCAACAAAGAUUUCACCUCUUCAGAUGAGGAUCUAAUCAAACACAUCCUGGCAGACGGACAGAACUUCUUUCCUCAGGCAGAUGAAAGUGAGAUGGCUGACCUGUCGAGCAUUUUUGGAGAUAAGACCGAAGUGAUUCUUCUCCAGAAGCUGAAUGAGCCUCUUCCUCCAGAACCUUUCAGAAGGGACCCACCAAAAACUGCUUUCACCUCUAAUACAGUUGUGGCAGACGUGUGUCGUCCUAGACGGUUCCCUCCCUGGUGUGGACGUGCCGCCCUGUGGGGCAGCUGGGCAGGGAUCACUCUGGGAAAUGGCAUUUCGAUUUGGGCGGGCCACGGAUUUAGUCAAAGCGUGUCCAUGAUGUGGCUCAUCUCCUGCUUUGCCAGUUUCCUGUGUUCAUGCCUGCUGUUGGAGCCAAUCAAGGUGUUGUGCGAGGCAGUUUACUAUGCGGUGUAUGUGCGUCGCCUGCGUCCAGAGGACCAGGAUGUGCUGGUGGAGUUCCCCCGUGUGGAGAGAGUGGUCCAGCGGGUCCCUAGGGUGAGACCACCUCAGGGCUUUGCUCUGUCCCAAGCCCGGCACCAGGCCCGCAAGGUCCACAUGCUGCACACCAUGCUGAAGAAUUUCCUGCUUUACAUGUUUUUCCUGUUGGUGGUUUUACUUCUCAACUACUCUGACUCUGCCAAAGACACACACAGCCUGAGACUGCGCACUCAGCUGCAGCAAGCCCUACACACACCUGAGUAUCACAACAUCAGCAGCCGAGAUAAUGUAUUGAUGUGGCUGAAUGAGUCCCUGUUGCCACGGCUACUGGAUGACUCUGCCCUCUUGAGAGACACAGGAAGUGUGCUGCUCGGCACGCCGAGGCUGCGACAAAUCCGCGACACACAGGUUGCAGGUGGUGCCAUAGCAGGAGAUGGUGUUUGGGGAAAGGGCCGGUUUACCUCUCCAACCAAGGACGCUGAGAAUUUCACUGCUUUCGGUGCUAGCGAUGCAAACUGGGUGUGGCGUUUGGGUCAAGUGAGGGCUUACCACAGCGGCGAUGUAGUCCACCAGCUAAACAGAAGCCUGGAGGAGGCCUCUUCCGCCGUACAGCAGCUGCAACAGCUGCGCUGGCUCGACUACAGGACCCGUGCUGUUUUUGUGGAGUUUUCACUCUUCAACAUCAAUACAAACCUCCUGGCUGUCUUCUCCUUCCUAUUCGAAUUCCCGGUUUCUGAGCGUCCCCAGUCCAGUCUUGACCUCCUUGUCAUCAGUCUGUGGCCAAUCACAGGCCUGGGCCUGCAGCUCCUUCUCACGAUUGUCCUCCUUGUCCUGGUGUUGUACUUCCUGGUGCGGGGGAUCCUGGGUUUCCUCAGGGAGGGCUACAGGUACCUGCUGUCAGCCUGGAGACUCCUGGGCAUCUGCAAACUGACUCUGGCAGCUUCCGUGUGCGGGCUGCACCUGAGCAGCUGCACCGCCGCCAAGCAGCAGUGGGCGUCGUACUUGAAGCACCCACGGGACGCCUUCACAGAUUUCUACCCCCUGGCCAGGCAGAGUCAAAUGUACACAGUCAUGUCUGCUUUGCUGUUGUUCAUACUGGUCCUCAAGGCGUCCCACCAGUUGCGGUUUCUCAGAGAGUGGGCCGUGUUUGGCAGAGCUCUGCGGCGCUCAGUCUGGGAGCUGCUAGGAGCCGCCCUGGCCUUACUGCUGUUGAUGCUGGCGUACUCACACACAGGACACCUGCUCUUCCAUUCUGUAUUGGAUGGCUAUGGCAGCGUGGGCUCCGCCUGUCUGUCUCUGUUGGGUGCUGGUGGCCAAGGCCUGUUAUCAUGGCGUCCUAGCUGGACGUUUACCGGCCCCUCCAACACAGUCUCCUCGCUGGUGUUCCAUGCGAGCUUCUCAGUAUUUCGGCUGGUGUUGCUCUGGUUGGUCACUUCUGUGCUACUGAGGAACUACCGCCGUGCACGGGCAGAGCUGUACCGUCCAGCUGUGGAUCUCCAAGACUACGAGAUGGUCGAGCUGUUCCUCAGACGACUCAAAAUGUGGAUGGGACUCAGCAGGGCCAAGGAGUUUCGCCACAAAGUCCGUUUCGAAGGCAUGGAGCUGCCGCCAUCCCGGUCGUCCUCCACUAGUGACUGUAAAUCCCUCUGCUUGCCACCACUGGAUGGUCCUGACUCUCCACCCACACCCGACAGUGUCGAUGCCGGCUCCGAGGCCUCGUGGCGCCCGGCCUCCUCCAGCCCCUGCAGUCUGACAGAGGCCCCGGGGGUCGGCUUGGGGCUCGGGCUGGGCCUGGGUUUGGGGCUGGGCCCAGGAGUGGUGGUGGGAGGUACCAGCUGGAAGGAGAGGGCAGAGACCGAAGCCUCUCUGAGGAGGCUGCUUCCCACCCUGGACGCCCUCCUGCAACAGCUUGACCGUGUCACCAUGGCAACAGAAGAUCUGUACCACAUCGAGUGUAGACUGGAGCGAGCCCAGAGGAUAAGGAGGCGCAGAGGGAGAGAGAGAGGAGGUGGUGGUGGUCAGGGAGGGAGGAGCGAGGCAGGACAGAGGGGAAAGGUGGAAGACAAGGACUCUGCUGGAUGGAGAGAGCGAAAGAGUGGCAAAGAAAAACACAAAGGGACCAAGAAGGGGAAAAAGAUGGAUAAAAGUGAACUUUCAAAGGACUGUGGAAACACUGCUCCCAACCCCAAAAAGACUCCUGUGGCCACACCUGUUCCCUUUUUAAAGCCCAGACCAGCCUCUGCCUCCACACAUACCCCUGCUCCUCAGUCAUCAGCCAGACCUUCAGUCAGUGCACCUCCACCCACACCAGUCAAGUCUGUCUCUGACACCUCUGUCCCCAUCUCAUCAGCAAACACUCCCUCCACCCAUGUUCCACCAUCCAAAUCACCCGCUGCACCUCAGUGCACUCCUGCACCUUCUUUGCCUUCCACUCCCGCCCCUACACCUAUUACCCGGGACUGGGACCCUCCCACAGAGAGAGAGACCCUCCCCUCCUCCAGCCUGUUCAACCACCCCGCUCACACCACCACCAUUCCCACACGCAAGCGAAAACGCAAGCCCCCACCCCUCAAAAAUAAGGUGCACCCCAACCUGGACAGGCACGGCUCUGGACACCCCAAAUCCUGAGGACUCUGGAUGGAGAGACAAACGGAAGUUAAAAGGCGGAGAAAAAGAAAGUGGGAUUAAAUGUUGGGUUAAGGACGAGAGGAGGACGGGGGGCAGCAGGUUUUGUCCCCAGGUGCCCCUCUCUAAACCCAGGGGAAAAGGAAGAAAAUGAGAAAAAUCAGGUAAGCAGUUCGGGGAAAUGAAAAGCUGAAUGAAAGACUGUGCAGGUCUGCAGGCAGUGAUCCGUCCAAAUCCCAGUUCAGUUCUCUCAGAAACAAGGUGCAGGUCACCAGAUGCUAACUGAGCUGAUUUAAACAGCCAAGUAAAGGUCAACAUUUAAAUCAAGAAACGCUCCCUUACCCUUUAUUUCCCCCAGACCAAAACUGACCCCUGACCCCACACGACCCUGGAGGUCAUGUGGGGUCACUGACAGGAGCACACGUGCGUGUUCACCAGAAGACUUAACGAACUGAAAGCGGACAGUGCAGUCAGUCUUUCUGUAUAUCUCAGAAAAAAAAAAUGUGUUGAUUUCUCAGUUGUCUGUCUGCAUAUUUUUAUAUUUGAUGUUUCGGUUACCAUGGGUACUUGUGGCCUGUCUGAAAACAGUUAUGUAUUAUGGUUUUGAACCCAAAUUUGCAUGCAGGCACACACAGAUAUACGCACAUGCAGGUUAACACAUGUAUAGAAGUAACACUGUAGGCACAGGCGCGCUAAUGGUAAUGUGUCGUACACUUCAGUCCACACGUCUAGAGGUAGCAAACACACACACACACACACACACACACACACACACACACACACACACACACACACACACACACACAGGACUGUUGGGAUCCCAGCAGCCAGUUCUUCAGGGUGCAGAUAUAACCGUCUUCUUCAAACUGGUCCAGAUGAAAGAGAGAUGAAAGAUGAAGGAUAAGCCAUGAGUAGUGACAAGAAGAGGAAGCAAGUGAUCGCAGCGCAGAACAAAGGAGUGUUUGAGAAAGGGAAUAAAGAAGAAAAGAAGGACAAGAUGGUGCUCAGUGGAGAAGUUGUGUUUAAAGAAAAGUUAAGGAAAAAAAGAAGGUCAUGCCUUCGCUUCUGAACAACAGCGAACAUUUAAACAAGUUCUCCCAUCAUAAAGCUAUAAUGACUCCCAGUCUGAGCAUCUUCUCUAAAUGUUUUUGUUAUUGCAUUAUGUUCAAUAUGGUUGUGAUUUAAAAGCACUUUUUUUCCAGAUGUAGAUUGUGUUGUUUUUUUUUAAUGAGGUGUGGUGUAAAGUAAUAAGCUUGGUAUCCAAACCAAUAGAAAAAGCUUCACUCAUACUGUAUCUUAACUAUAAACGCUGCCAAAGCUUUCGCAACAUUUUAUGUAUCCUGAGUUGUUACCAUGCCCAGUAAUUCAUUCAUUCAUUUUGUACUUAGCACUUUAUUUUCUGAUGGAGCUGAUAUCCAACGCCAUAUUUAACUCUCGUGUCAAGUUUUCAUUUCGUACCUUAACAGCCACAUUAUACAAACAUCCUAGUAAGUAUUAUCAAGUAUUGAAUCAAUAGUUUGCGGUUGUGUCUCGUGCUUUUGUCUGGUCUCUUGUGUUCCUGUUUUUGUCUUAUUUUGAUCAACAUGUAUACGUACGUACUUCCUGUGUGCAGUGGGCAGAUCUCAGGGAACCCACCCUUUCCCAAACACCAGGAAAGACAACCAGGAAAAACCAAAUCUGCGGGCAAAAUAAGAGUUUUCAAUGAUCAAAGGAAAUUAUACAUUUUGUGAUAAAAUCCUGCCACAAUGAAUUCCAGUCCCUUUUAGACUUCAGCUUCCUUCCUGUCUCAGCCACAAAAGUGGGAAAUUAUGUGUCUGCCCUAUUUUUAAGGGUUUUUAAAGGAUAUGAAAGAGGAUCAAUUUUCUGGAGGUGCUAAUGGGUAUACCAAAGUGUGAUUGAAGCCCUUUUUUCCCCCCUCUUCCCAGCAGACCCCACCAUUACACAGCAUAAAGGAAAAAUGUUCACCCUAAAUAAUUUUAUUUUGAAACCUAAUCUCACCUAUUUCCUAGAAAAAUAAGUUGAAUUAGAUUUCACAAGUUUCCUGCUCUCACAAAAAGGAAUGAAAAAGGCCCAUCUUCUUCUGUGUGUGUGUACAUUUCUGUAUAUAUUGGUGCUUUGUGGUGUAUAUAUUUUUGCUUUUCAUGAUCAGUAUUGUUUAUGUGCUGCAGCGGCGUAUUCAUAGGUCAAGCACUGGUGUUGCAAACUCCAAAGUUUUACAUUUCUCCAGUCUAACUGAAGCACUACAGCCAAAGCUAUCAAUGUAUUUAAUAUAAAUCUUUGUUCAUAAUAUGUCAACUAGAAACCACAGGAAGCUCAGCAGUUAACCCCGGCCUUCGUAUUCCUGCUCUGUGCGUACAUUAAGUAACAAGAUAGUGCCAAAGCCCACCUUUGUGUCUUCUAGCUGCCUUUUUGUGUUGUUUGAUGCCUUUUGCUUUAAAAGUGUUACAUGCUUGUCUUUGAAAAUAUUUGUCUAUGCCUUUUCUUUUUUUUUUUUUUUGUAUCGUAUAUGUGUUUUGCAGUCGUAACACUUCUCAUGCUUUUGCA